CGCUCCUACGCCUUCCUCUCUGCCUCCGCCACCCCCACUGGGGAUGUGGGGGGAUGGGGGCACCUCGCCGCGAAUCGUUCUCGGCCCUGUGGUCUCCCUGCUCGACGCCAUGAUCGUCGCCCUGUUCCGCCAGGUCUGCUUCUGCGUCUGCAAGCGCAGGAGGGAUCGCCAGGCAAGGGAGAAGGCCAACAGGAGAAACCGAGACGUGAUCGACUUCCGGGUGCGGGCCUACGAAGGGCACAUCCGCCUCAGCGAGGAAGACGCUGCGCGGCUGCUGCGUAAGGUUAAAUCGGGCAUGUCCCUCCACAGGAGGAAUAUUCGAGAAUAGUAAUAAGAAUAGUCUGGGGGCGAUUUCUCGUGCUCUUUUUGACUAUCUUGAAUUAUCAAAAUCAGCCUGUAGGAGGACGUUCCCGACCUGAGCGCAAGGUGAAUCGGGUCGGCGAAGGCCUUUGUGCCGCCUGCCCGGUGCGGUCGUUCAUGAUGCGGGCCUGCACGAGGCACGUGAGCGUGACGGAGCUGCACUUCUCCUCGGAGGCGCCGGCGCAGGCGCUGCGCGCCGAUAGCCUCCGCGAGGUGAACCGGAUAGUCAAGGGCUGGAAGUAUUACGUCCGACGCGAGGAUCCCGAGGGGGGUCGGGAUCAGGAGGGGAACCAGGUGCUGUUGGGACUCUACCUGGACAAGGCCGGCCGUUACCCCGCCAUCGCUGAUCCAGCGAGGAGCCCGUUCGCCAUGCGCGGGAAGGUUGAGGUAGACAAGUCUCACAUAGCGUCUUAUGUAUGUGCGGUUCUAGUGGCAAUGAUGUGGAUCAUGGUUGUAGUUAUCGGUGUCAUGUGGUUGAUUUCAGUAGGCGAGAAGGCAAUUGAGAGCAAUGUAAAGGUGUACGUGAAGGGAGGCAGGCAGUUAGUGGAGAGUCUCAAUGAGUACGCUCAAAAGUACCUUCCACAUGGUACGCUCGAUGGCGUGGAUGCCAGAAUGGAGAGUGCCAUGAAGGAGCGUUUGCCAGAGCUUGCUUCGGCAGUAUUGGAGCAGGGACAGGGAUUCGGUUUCGAGAUCUUGUUGUUCUUGCUGUACUUGCUUUUCUGGGUUCUGGAGCCACUUCCUGUCAACACUCGGGUCUCUGGAGUGUUCAAGACCUACUUGUUGCAGAAGACACUAGUCUGCCUGAUAUCCACGGAUUUGCAACCAUGGUAAGUUUGUUACUCCUCGCUCUGCAGUGCAAGAUCUGGCACAUCCUCUUUCUCGUUGCAUUCCUGCUCAACUACAUACCAGAGAUUGGAGCUCUCAUGUGUUUUGUCAUCAUGAUGCCGCUCCUCCUCCUCGACGGCACUCUCAGCGUCCAAACCCGGAUGCAGAACGCGCUGUGGUUCAUGGUUCUAUACAUAUCCGGGUUCCUCGCCGCAAAGUUUAUCACGGGUAACGUGAUAGAGGUCCAGUUAUACGCGAAGAGCGGCGGGGAUCUGAUGCGCAUGCACCCAGUGGUCAUGCUGGCGCUCAUGAUGCUGUUCGAGUCGCUCCUGGUUCCUCGAAUAUAACUGGCAUGUUCAUGACCGUGCCUGUCAUGGCUGCCGUGAAGUAUUACAUCCUAAGCUCCAACAUGCCGACCGUCGUGCUCGACCCGCUUCUGACAUGCAUCGAAGGCAACCAGACGGGCCCCCACAUGGCUUUUGUCGAGGACCACAACGCAAAUUACGCCCAGCUGCGCCAGGACGAUGCUUCGGAGGGCGACUCCGAGGUCAGCGAUGAUGGGGAAACUACCUCCGAAUAGGCAGAGAACCUACAGGAGAAGCCGGCUGCUGCCGAGACGUGACGCAGCUGCCGCUCUCCUUGCACGCACACCGCGGGUGAAGGCGCCGCUGCGGGGCAAAGGGCAAGCCUCAUUGCCCAUGUCGUAUGCAAUGAGCCCCACAGCCUGGGCCUCAAUGACGGUAGUCAUUUUCUCAGAGGAGGAGACGACGACGACCGACCACGACCACGACCAUGAUGACGGCGACGGGUGAUGCCAGCGGCCCCCAGAAGACCUGAGAGGCCAGUGAAUCUCAGGGCAACCAGGUGAUCUCGGGAGAGGUGCGAGGGCCACGUAUACUCUCACGCCUCCCAAUCCACUUCUCCCCACGCCUCUCUUAUUAAUUUCUUUCCAUUUCUGGCCUUUCCUGUUCCUGCGG